AUGGCCUCACUCAGCAAUAGUGCAAACAGUGGCAACAACAACAGUAAAAACGUUAAGGAUAUUGAGUCUCUUUGCACAAAUGUCCUCUCCUUGGCGGGUGUCUCUAGUGUUGGCUGGCGGAAGUAUACAUUCACAUGUAGCUUGAAACAAUUAUGGAUUUUCUCACGGACAGCAAUCAAGGAAAAUUAUAAUCGUUAUGCAUAUAGUGAAUCAGAUUCGAACAAAGACUCGUUAUGCUGGACACGAGAUCCGAUAAUAGCUAAUCAAAUUAAAUUAUUGAACCUCGGGAUUCCAUGUGUAUGGCGAUACGCUAAUAUUAGUACAGGCCAUAAACAACAUAAACAGCAAGCUGAAAAUUCUAACCGAAUAAUAGACCAGAUAAUCCGACAAAAAAUUAUUUGUGAUUCUUUUCAUUUAGAAGAGAGGAAGGAAGACGACGAGCAGGAAGUAACGCGAGAAUUAUGGGUGUUCUGGUUAAAUCAUCAAGAGAAACCAGAAGAAAUAAAUCAUUUGGAGGGAUUGAAAGAUGCAUCAGAACAAGACUGUUAUUUCUCCUGGGAACAACUAGAAUCACCCCCAAUAGAAUAUGGCCUAUUUCUAAAGGCAUAUAGAAAUCUAAUCAAUCGGUCAAUGAUAUCUCAAGGGGGGAUACCAAUAGGGGAAUGGUAUGCAUUCCCCGCAUUAUCAAAUAAAACUGUUGACGAGGGGACAUUAUCAUGUAAAUUCGAUAUGCAUUUAACAUCAACGAGUCUCAUAUUUCAACCAAUUGUAAAAUAUCGCAAAAUACGACCACUACAAACAUCCGACUUAAAGAGUCCACCGCCAUCUCAACAACAAACCGCCGCUAAAGUGCUAAUAGCUCCAAUCGGUAUCGAGGCCGAACUGGUCCUUUCAUCAGACCCGAAAUUUUCGCAUCACAACAACACCGAAUCAAUAUUUGCGGAAUUUUACGAUUUCUUUAAACUGGACCUAUUUUGUUCGGAGCCAGCGACUCAAGUAUUCGAUUCUGCUCUGCCGGGGUUAGUGAAUGUACGAAUUAAUAUCGAUGAAAAGAUUGUAAAAGAAAUUCCAUAUCCUUCGAGAUGUAUUUAUUUCAUUAUUAACAGUAAUAAUAAUGAAAGGAUUAUUAGUGAAGGAUUAGUACCCGGAAUCGGAAAAAGAAUUAGCGCAUUGGACAAAAUGCACGGUGAACCGGGAAAUUGGCUGUUAUGCUCGGUAGAAAGAAAAACACUGCCAGAAAAAGAUAUUGAAUGGUGGAAUUUUAGUAAUUAUCUUGAUGAUAUUGAUUCGAAAUACGCAAAAGAUAAUCCUGGAUCAACAUCCUCAAUCUCAAUACUAGAAACGACAAUGACCCCCAAUACCCCCGGAGUCGCCAACGAUACUUCAAAUACGAAUUCACCUGGUAAACCGCAAACACCACAAACCAAGCAUUCGACAAAUGUAAAUACUUCUACCGAAGCAACCUAUCCAUCACCACCAGAUCCUUCGACAUCUUUUUCUACGGAAUAUUCGACAACUGAGGAUGUUCUUGCUAUACAAGACCAAUCAUUUUAUAACAAUACCAAUGAUCAUUAUUACGAUAUUUCGGCUGAUAUUACUGAUCAUGAUUUCGAUUUCUUUGGAGAAAAACCUAUCUCUACUAUAACUAAUAACUAUUCACCAACUCCAGAAGUGCCUGGUUCAAUACGUGACGAUCAUCUUUCUUUAGAUACACCAGGCAUACAUAAUCAAAGUCCUGCGCCAGUACAUCGUCAUCCCAUCCUUCCGGAUCUAUCAUAUAUUGUAAAGCAAAUUAAAAAUCCUUUAGUACCUCCGAAAUGGGCUCCGUUGAUAUUUCCACAUGUCGAUACCUCAAAAUUUGCUAUACAUCAUAAUUCAAUUGUUAAAAGCAGUAAAAGGAAAAACACUGAUAUUUAUUCUCCUUAUUAUCGACCAAAAUUCUUACCAAAAAGAAAAAAAGCGAAAACUGGCUUUAAUAAUAAGAAGGCCAAGGCUGAACUAAAAAACAAAGAUAAUGAGAGUGAAACCGCCUCACCUUCUGAAACAUCAUCGUCCUAUGUUUCGAGCGAUAGCGAAGAUAACGAAAGCGUUAACGCAAGUACUGGAACAAUCAAUGAUUCAUCGAAUUUGGAGCAAUUCGUUGAUGUGAAAUUAGCACAAUCAAAAAUCAAUAAGAACAAUACUUUAAUGGACAUUAUCAAUUGUGCGAGAUUCGUUAUAUUAUUUGACAAUCAUUAUGAUUCUCGGAAUGUUCCAUUUUUCCACCCUUAUCUCGAAAUAAAUAGAGAAGAUUAUUGUGAGGGAAAGGCAGUAUAUUUAUUGCGUGACCAAAUAGUUUUUGGAUCGUAUCCUUAUGCCGGUGAGCAUUUAGAAGAAUUAGCUACAUCACCCGCUUAUCCGAGCGAAGUUAAAAUUGUUAUACAAAAGUUGAAAUUAGUUUUGGACGAUAUAAAGAAUAGGUUUCCAAAAUUAAGUCAAAACAUGCAAUUAAGCAUUAAAGGACCUCUUAAAAUGUCCGAAUAUCAUGCAUUAAAUGAAGAACAGCAAAAUCAACAGAAAUAUUCAAACACCAAGUUCGUAUCGAAAACAAAACAACUCAACUGUCAAAUACUAAACGCAAAGGAUUUAGUAGUCGGAUUCAAAAGUAAAUAUCAUAUAGAAGUUUCCGCCGAUCAAUUGAGAUUUUGGGAACGUCAUAAACUCGAGCCACCCGAAGGAAAGAAAAGAAUUUCGUAUUUUGUGUUGCAUCCUGAAUGCGAAAAUUUACAAUCACGUAUCAUGACGUUCUUUAAACAAAUAAAUCGCACAUUUAUGAACUGUGAAUUAGGCUCUCAUUCUCAUGAAAAGCUGGAUCAUUAUCCCCAAGGAUUGAUACCCAUUAAACUAUUAAAAGGUUUGCUUCAUGAUAUUUUUUAUCUUAUUUCACCUGGAAUCAGUGUCGGGCACUAUACUGAGUUCAGUCAUUUUUAUUGGACUACUGGACUUAUAAAAUUUUAUAAGUCCAGUAGUCCAGUGGGCAGUUCUUUACAAGUCCCGUUGAGACCGGUUGCUAAUGCCGGUGAAUCGGAUACAGAACGUGCUCUUCGUAGUUAUAUUGACACAAUUCAAUCACUGAGACCUAAACUCGCAAAACUACUUCUCACUAAACAAAGUCAAGGCACAUUAAAUUACUUAAUGAUAUAUAUUGUAAACCCAUUCACCCAUUCGACAGCAUACUACGACAUAUGUAAAGUUUUUGCCAAACUUCAAACACAAUUGAAACUCGAACUAAAGAAAUUAAAUUACGAUACAAAACUCAUUGAUUAUGUUACUUUCCAAGUAAUGCCGAUAGAUCAUAUAAUAAAAUUUAGUAUUAAUGGUGGUUCUUAUAGACAAGGACUUGUUGAUAUUGCAUUCUCUAUAUAUACACGAUCAAUGCAUCCUCAAAAAUACAGUGCUCCUUAUAUUUUACCACCACCUGAUCCGAUUGCCGUCAAUUUUCAAAACACCGAACAACCUCCGUCAAUUCGUGAUUUAAUAACGAGUGGAGUCACACUGCACAUGGCAUACGGAUAUAGUCCGGAUAGACGAUGGCUAGCCAAUGUCUUCACCAAUAACAUUGGAAAUCUAUUAGAGAGCAGCAUACUUCCAAUGAUAGAAUCUAAUACCAAGGCAAAUGAACUGUUGUUAAUUGAACAAUCGUGGAGGCGAACGUUGUUGGCAAAGAAGACAAUGGAAGACUCGCAACAAAUAGUGUGUCAAAAUAUAGUUAUUUGCAAGAUGGGUUCAAUGACUGAAGAGGAAAGAAAGAUAUGGAUUGAACUGACAAAAGGAAGUACAACAAUAAUAUCGAUAGAUUUAAGCACAAAUUUUGAUUUCAUUGAUACUUUUCAAGAUGAAACCCCAAAAGUAUAUGGUAUCGUACUAAAUAACCCAAUACCUCGAAUUGAUUUUCGACCUGUGGCAAGUGGAUAUUUUUUAGAAGUGGCCUCAGUACGAGGUCCACUUGUACCUUUACAGGUCGAUCUUAUCUAUAAGCCAGAUUCUCUAUCUGACAGGUCUCCGUCCGUAGCUCUGUGGGAGAUAUUACGCGAAUUCCAUUCACUCUCUCAUUUGGACACCACACCCAUGAAAAAUAAUUGUUUACCGAUGCAUUUACAAAUAGUGGAACGGUUGACUCGUGUGCUUUUAGGCGUAGCGUUUUGA